AUGUCUGUCGCCGCUUCUCUCCAAAAGCUUGCGAACUUCAGAAUACACAAUACCAGAGCAUCACAAGAGACUCUCAACGAGGGCUCAGUGAUCCUCAAGUCUGGCGGCGCUGGAAAAUUGGGUGACGAUGCAUGGGCCUUCCUAGAACAGCUGGCUCUGGCAGCUAUUGAUGUCGGGAGACUGGACGUGGCAGAUAAAUGCUUAGAACAACUCAUUGCAAAGUUCCCUGGCUCCCCUCGCGUAGAGAUCCUAGCGGGCAUUCGAAUGGAAGUGUCGGAGGCACCUGCGACGGUGUUGCAGUACUACGACGAGCUGUUGGAGAAUGAUUCGGCGAAUGGUGCUGCUUGGAAACGGAAAAUCGCCAUUUUUCGGAGAGUUGGGCAGAUAGACAAAGCGGUCGCUGAGCUGUCGCAGUUCCUCGACACGUUCUAUUCCGAUGUCGAAGGAUGGCUAGAGCUCGCAGACAUUUAUUCGACGUGUUCCCAAUACACCCUUGCACUCCAAGCGCUCUCUCAUGUACUACUUUUGGCGGCGCAGAACCCAUUCUAUACCCUGCAGUUCGCAGAAACAGCGUACACUGCGAAUGAUCUCCCCCUCGCUCUCAAGACGGCCCUCGUCGUCAUAGACAUGUGCGAGCAAGAUGAAAUCCAGCGUGUUCCGGAAGGCAUCUUAAUCAGAGCAUGGUGGACCAUUAAACUUUGCUCGAAGCGACUACUUGCGGGCAGCUCGGUAUCUGCCUCGCAUACGGACAUACCUAAGCACCUGAACCUUAUCGACGAGCUCGCCACUGAGAGGGUGCUGCAAGCUUAUUCGGCAGCGGAGAUGGAGAAGAGGGACGGAAAAGAUGCGGCUGGGCGAGGACUAGUCUCCAACUGGAUGACCGCUGUUUAG